AUGCGUCUCGAUGCCAUGGCAUCGGAUGAUGUGCUUGAGCGAUACUUCAACCUCGCCGGUUUUCUCCAACACUCCGAGCCUGACCUGCCAGCCGCUGACACCAGCCCCAAUGCCGAGGCGAACGAUGACUCCCAGAGCGCCGGCCCCCCCAACGUGCUCUAUACAGCCGAUAAGGGCCACUUUAUCCCCGUCGACUUGGGGGGCAAUGUCCCUGCCAUCCAUGUCCCCAGGUGCCCCAGCCUUCCUGCCACGGUGGGCCCUGUCGGCGAUCGGGACUCUCCUGCGGCGUCAAGCUCUCCACAGCCUGAUGUUGAGAUGUCGGAGGAACCGACGUCUGGACAGGCCCAGGUGAGUGCGAGAAGGGACCCCGAUAAGAUUGACCCUAAGAAGGUGUACACUGACGAGCUGGUAAGGCCCAAGACUUGGUGGCUGCCCACAAUUCCCAUCACCAUUUUCGAGUACGCGGAUAAGAAUGGCAACGAGCGUCUCAACAGAAGAUUCAGCGCCCGCCAACUCCGGUGGUUCAUCGAUGCAAACCCCGACCUGACACUUUGGGUCCAGAACUUUGCAGCCCAGGUCGUCAGACGAACGGGAGAAUCCGCCUGUCUCUGGGAAUGCUGCCCGGCUCCUAAAAAGCAGAUCAAGCAGGGCUGGUUCCAGGUGGCAUUUGACGAGUUCCCUGCCGAGACAAGCUCGGGCCGUCGGGAUCCAUUCCAAGUGGCAGGCCACAUGCACCUCUACUGCUACGAGCAGUGCUUCGAUCCGAUAUACGACGCGUCCCGCGGCACGCUCAAGCCCGACACCCGUGAGCUCCCUCUGGAAAAGAAGAACCGGAUGAGCCUGGCAAAGGAGACGGGCAAGAACAUGGUCAGGUAUGCCUACGAGCCUUGGUUUGAAUCCAGGAUAUCCGAACUUGAAAGCGAGCCUCGGGAGUUCCCCCGCCCGCAGGCCGAGACGCUGAACAGGGCUCUGGUCGACUACCAUCUGAGCCGCCAGCCCAAGGCGCGCCAGCUGGUCCGAAACCAGCGAAAUGCGAUCAGGGGCGGUAACCCCAGGACCAUCGACGUACACAGGGGGGACCUCAAGAUGUUCAGCAUGGCGAACAGAGGCUUGGGCUGCGACUCUGCCGAGGCCGACUGCCAGUACGGCGAAGAUGACCAGUUUCAGGUCGACCCCAGGGCGUUGGAAUGCUGGAGGCGAACGACGGGGACUAAUGCCAGCAACCUGGAUGGACAGUACGUGGAAGAAUACAUCUCCAGCCAAUUCACCGGCUCCUCGCCGCCCUAUCCUCUGACGCGGGAAGAUCUCUGGGAAGCGUCCCGGCCGGCCACCCCGAUUGGCUUCGGUCAGCCCGAUGAAUCGAACGCGUUUCCCGAUGCGAGCUAUAUGAGCCCUUCGGCGGCCUCCGAGGCGGGCCAAGCCCCGACGGCGACCGGGGUGACGGGAAACGAGUCUUUGUCGACUCUCCAGCAGUUUUUCCAGCCCUCCCAGGGCGGCUUCAUGGCAUCUCUAGCCAGCAUGGGACUGCUGGGCAGCUACGUGCUAGGCAAGCAUGGCCGGAAUGGCGGGGAUUGUGGGGAUGACGACGGUGAUGGGCAAGGCGGUAAUGACCGCAGCAAGAAACCACGCAGGUGA